GGUAGCUCAUUCGACGCUUACAUCUGAAACGAGAAAGAUUAGUGAGAGAAAAAUUAUGGAGAAAAAGAAUUAUUCGAACAGAAUUCCAAUUGCUAAAAAACCCGAGAGCAACGACAACAAUAUGAUGAAAUCUGCUAAGCUAAAGAAACUUGAGGAUCAGGUACGGAUUGGUGGUAAGGGAACGGCUCGUCGUAAGCAUAAGCACGUCCAGCGGACUUCAGGCUUUGAUGACAAACGUUUGCAAAGUACAUUGCAAAAGUUGGCUUUGACUCCAAUAAGUGACAUACAAAACACUACCUUAACUCUGGACGAUGGCCGAGAAAUGGUUAUCAACUCGCCCAAAGUUCAAGGGUCGGUAGUCUGUAAUAUGUAUACCUUUAGCGGUGAAAUGUUCGAGGUUCUGAUGAAAGUACCCAACAAUGAUUCCAUAACUUAUAAGGAUGAGCUACAACGCAAUUCAAAGCAGAAGAAGCAAAAGCAACUACUAGAGGAAGAUGAUGAAGCCGAAGACAAAAUACCGCUGCUGGUGUCAACUGCAAGAAAAUUGGAGACCAUUCAAGAGGAGGAUUUGAUGUCAAACGAGGAGAUAUUGAAAUUAGCUUAUACCAAGAAAGUCGAGAUAAACUGCAACAAGGAAGGCAACUGUCAGAAAAAUAAUGUGCAGCAACAACAACCACAACAAGAGCAACUUUCAAAGGACAAGAAAAAGAAGAAACCCAAAAAACCACGGAAUCGCAUCCGUUCACGUAACAAGACUGUGGCGGAUGGUUUCGACAAGCCAAAUAAUAAUGGCCCGGACACUAAAAGCCUUGUCCUAUUGGAUGGAGCCGGCGAUGGACCAGCAAAUUAUUUGAACCAGAAUCAAAGCAAUUUAGAUUCAAUUGAUUGCAUUUCGCUAGGUGAUUCGGAUAAAACAAGUAUUUUUUCCGAUAGUUCCGACAGGGAACAGACUAUAGUCGGUGAUAAUGAUUCAUAUAUCACUCUAUGUCCCAACGAUGAGGGCGAUGAUGAGAUCGUUUCUAAUGGUGAGAAGCAGAUUAUGGGUAAAUCCACUUCCCUAGAUGCUGAGGAGGUCAAUGAAGCCGAUUAGACCUGUUGUCGAAGAGGAGAAGAAUUGCAAAAAGCAGAAAAGACUCGUUGGCGAUCCAAAAUAAGCGUAUAAAUAUUGAAUUUAGAGCAAAUUAAUAAAAUCAAAUGAACGCAACAUA